UGGAAAGAUCAUUCAUAUGCUUGCUCUGCUAUUUAUGCAUGGCACUGUGUAACUUGAGUGGCAAGACCAAACUUGCGAGUGCCAUCGAAGGGCCAAGGUACAAAGUUGUACGCUCUGAAUCAGACUUCGAGGUCAGACUUUAUGAUGAAUCCUCAUGGAUGUCAGCUUCUGUACGAGGAUCUUCCUUCAAUCUGUCCACUGCAAGCGGUUUUCACAGGAUUUAUCAAUAUAUUCAUGGGGCGAAUCUGAAUUCCUCCCAUCUUUCCUUCACUGCUCCGGUCUUAACAAGCACUGUCUCAUCAUCAUCCAGUGGGAAUGCUGACUAUACAGUGAGGUUUUAUAUAUCACCAAAAUAUAAAGGAAAUCCUCCACAGCCAAACCCAGAACUGAAAUUGCAUUUAGACAAGUGGAACUCUCAUUGCGUGGCAGUGAGAAAGUUCAGUGGGUUUGCCGGAGACAAUAACAUUGAUGAAGAAGUUAAAGCCCUUGUGAGCAGCAUCAACAAACGCUGGCCACCUGAGAAUUCAGCAGCAAUACAGGACAAAGGUUCUUAUUCCAUUGCCCAGUACAAUGGUUCCGAUACAGCUUCUGGCAGAUUAAACGAAGCUUGGAUUAAUAUCUCAGGAGCCAUUGUCGGCGGUUGUCCACCUUCUCAGUAAUGUGUCAUUGUUAUUACAAGAGUGUCUGGCCUCCGUGUGCAGUAUCGUGUGUGAUUUCAAUAAUGUUCCUAGGAUUAAAAUGGCUCAUUAAUAAUUUGGGGUGCUAAAAGUGAUGGAGUUUUGGGGCAUGUUGGUGAAAUUCUGGACUAAAGCACAACCUUCAAACUUCCAUCAUGUAUCUUUAUGCUUCGCUAGCAUCAUAUUAUCAUU